UGUUUAACCUAUCAGGACUGCAAGAUAAAAUAACACAGUUGCCAGGCAGCGAGGCACCGGAAGUGGGUAUGUUAGAUGGUGCAGGGCAACGCAGGAAGCGUCCCUGGAAGCGGUGCAGCUAGAGAGAAGAAGCUGCCUAUUUGUUGAACAUCAGAUAUGAUGGCCACUUCUGCAAUCCGCAUUGGAGACCAGCUUAUUUUGGAAGAAGAUUAUGAUGAGAAUUAUAUUCCUCAGGAAAAUGAAAUUCAAGAAUAUGCAAGAGUCAUUGGAAUUGACCCGGAUUCAGAGCCAGAACUUAUGUGGUUAGCCAGGGAGGGCAUUGUGGCACCAUUAGCUGCAACUUGGAAGCCAUGCCAAGACAUUACAGGAGAUAUAUAUUACUUCAACUUUGAAACUGGUCAGUCCACUUGGGAACACCCAAAUGAUGAACAUUAUCAAGAGCUUGUGAUACAGGAACGGGAAAAGCUCCUCAUGCAGGGUGGGGGCAAGAAAAAGGAAAAAAAGAAGAAAAAAGAGAAAAAGAAAGAUAAGAAAGCAAAGGAGUUGCCAAAACCAACCCUAUCAUUGGGAUCUCCCCUUGGACCUGUGCAAGUAUCUCUAGGCAGUCUUGCUCCUCUACGUGGCCUAGGUGAUCCAGGAGCUAGUGGAGUAACACUUGGGUCACUCAGUAGCAGCGCUGGAAGCUCAGGGGGCUUUGAAUCUCUAUUGGGAGAUGCAGCUGGGCCGCAUAAAUCUGCAUCCCUUAUGAAGAGUAGUGCAGUAAGAAGGCCUGAUGAGAGAGUUAGCUUGACUUUACCAGGUUUGGAUGAGGAAGAAGAAGAAGAUGAUGGGGAGCAGGCAAGUGAAGACCUGAGCCCACGUGGAUCUGCCCGUUUACUCAAAAACCUGCACAUGGACAUUGGAUCUUUGGGAGGUGGCUUUGAGUAUGAGGAGAGUCAGCGGGUUGAGGAAUCUCCCGCAGCCAGUCACACAGAUGAUGGUUCUGAACCAGAGCUGCAGAACCUUGAGAAGUCUGACGAUGAAGAGGAAAGCCAGAAAGAGGAAUCGCUGGAUUGUCAAGAUGAAAAUAUAUCUCCUGUUUCCAAUGUCCUGUCUUCUGGUCAAGGAUCUGAUUUGGACAGAGGAAUGGUGGGAAGCUUGGGUCACACUAACUCUUUGACUCGAGAAUCUGUAGGUAAAAGGGAAUCUAGUCCAUCUUUGCAGGAGAGUGACUCCAAGAUUAAAAAGCAAGAGGGAGAUGCCUCUGAACAUUUGACAACCUCCAAAACUGGAGAGCCAGGCUCGGUCAAUGAACCUCCUCUAACGGAACAGGAUUCUCAGGAUGAAUCAGAAGUCAGCGAAGGUGUGAAAGAUGUGUCUGGGCCAGCUUUCAAGGAAAAGCCAGUGGAUGUUUUAUUAAGUGGUCAGCUAGAAGAGAAGGUUCUUGGCAUCACUGCUUUAUCUUCUGGUGCUGUGAGAGAAGAGAAGGACAUAAUUGAGGAGGAGGCAGAAGUAGAGGUGGAGGAAGACAUAGAGGAAGAAGUAAGCGAUGAAGAGGUGGGACAAAGAAGAGUCUUGCCCAAGGUUACUGACAGGCAUAUUAACCCAGGGAUGGACACUUUGGAAUCAGUGGGUGUGCAUAAAAAAUUAGAAUCUUCCUUAAAUAUGAGUGAGUCCCCUAUGCUUGCAGACCUAUCUUCCAAACCUCUGUUGAACCAAGCUGACCACCUUGCAGAAGACUCACCUUAUAAAUCCGUAGACAGAGUUUCUAAGAAUGCUGAAAAAUGCACUGUUUCUGAAGGAGAGUCUUCCAGUUUGAAAAAAGAAUCAUCUAAACAAGCCGAUGAACUUCCUAAAUUAAAAGAAGAAUUUACAAAACAACCAGAAGAGAUAUCCAGUGUUAUUUUAGAGCAGGAGGAGAUGGAACUGAAAAUGAAACAGAAACAGAAACUGGAAGAGUUAAGAGAAACCCUAAGGAAAGAAGAGGAAAAAGAGAGCUUGGAGAUGCACCAAUGCCAUGAAAAUAAACUGAGGGCAUUAGAUGAAUGCCUAGACAAGCAGAUGCAGGAGGAGGAGACUGAGAUGCGAGCAGCACAGAAGCAGAGGCUCCUAAGACUUGAAAAAGAGCUUGAGAUGGAGCAAGAGGAAGAACAGGAGAAGCUAAGGCUACGGAUGAAUGAGCUUGAAGAAGAACGGAAGUAUACCAUGAAACAAUUUGAGAAGUCCCAGGAAGAAAUUAUUCUACAUGAGAAAGCUGCUAUAAAAGAAAAAAUGAAGCCAGAUAUCGAGGAAGCAAUAAGGGAAGAAAAAAUGCUAUUGGAUAAGGAGAAAGAUGCUGCUCUUGAUGAAAUGAGACAGAAACUCAAACAGGAAAUGAAGGAAGCAUUAGAGGCCCUUGAGAAACAGCAUGCACAGGAACUUGAAAACUUAAAAGCUGAAGCCGAACAAAACCAUCAACAGACUGUGUCUGAACUUCAGAAUUUAAGGCUCCAGCAAAAGGAAGCACAGACCUUCAGUGAGCUAAGUCAUUCCAACAACAAAAUGUUACAGCUGAUGGACUUUGAAAAAGAUAUGAGUGACCUACUGCAGGAGAAAAGGCUGGAGGUUCAGAGAGACCAUGAAAGGAAAUUGGAACGAUUAAAGGAGGAUCACCAGCAGGAGCUUGAGAGGGUGCGGGACCAGUUGGAAGAGGAGGAGAGGACGCAACGUUCCCGAAUGCUUAAGAGGUUGCAAGAACAACUUGAAAAGAUAAGGAGACUUCAUGAAGAGGAGCUAGAGACUGAACGUCAGGAGCUGCAAAGGCAACAAGAGGAGAGACGAAACAGCUACCAGGAAAAGGAAAACAAACUGCAGGACUUGGAGCAAAGCCUCGAAUUUAGAAGGAAUCAACUAGUGAAGAAAACAGGACAGUUAGACAGCCAGGAAGAGAAUAUCCGACAGAGAAGGGAAAAUAUGGAAGAGAAAGAGAAGGAACUUGCAAGAAGGACAGAGGAAAUGAAGCAUUCUUCUCUAAACCUCAAGAUACAGGAGGACCUGGUAGCUGAGCAAAAACAGCUCCAAGAUUUAAUACAGAAAUCACAACAUGAGUUUGAAAAAACGCAAAACCAAAGAACUGAACUGGAGACAGAGGUGGAGCGACUGCAGAGCCGGUACUCCCAGCUUCUGAAUAAAGUCAGGGACUUAGAAGAAGAAAUUGCAAAAAGCAACAUUGAUCUAAGAGAUGAUACAGUUAGGGUGAGUCCUAGAGUGGAUCCGGCCCUCAGGCUGGAAGAUCUUACUGCAUACACCAGUUCAGUACAUGGAGCUUCAGUUCCACAUUUAGAUAUUCUCAGACAUGCCAUGUCUUCGGUACAAAACCAGGAUAAUGAUAGUGAAAUGGAUGAUAUCCAGCAUUACAUCUCCUCCCAGGGGGCCUCAGUACAAAAAGCUAAGGAUUUCCUACACCUGCAGACCCGCUCACUGUGUCACCGCCAAUCCUUACUCCAUGCAGCCAAGAAGAAUUGGCGUCAUAGCAUGCGAGAGACGCAGGACUUGCAUCUCCUGCAGGAUGAGAAGCAGAACUUGGAAGAGGAAGCACGCAGUAUAAAUGCAUUCCAGAGUACCAUGCAGAAGGGGCAGGUCUUGCUGCAAGAGAAAGAGCAGAGACUGCAGGAGCUGGAGAGUUCCCUUCGGGAAGAGAUAUCUGAUGAUGAUGCUGUUAUUAGAGGAAGAAGAAGUAAAAAGGUGGUGUCCUUUGACUUAAGUGACUCAGAUGACUCCUGCAGUAUCAUAAACAAUGAUUUGCACCCAGGUGGAGAUCUCAGGACACAACCUAUUGUUCCAUUCAAAGUGCACAGUUUGACAGACUCACUACGGCGCAUCACAGCUGAAUUAAAUGGGGUCUUAUCUUCACUGGGUUCUCUCUCCAAUGACCCUCUCUCUACAGAGCCAGGCAUCCCUCUCUCCUCUUUCAACACUCUAACACGACUCAGUGUUCCUCAGUCCUCCGUGUGGAGCAGUAGUUUACCCUCAAGUGUACCCUCAGUACCCUCUUCUUCACAGUCGGUGGAUGCAAUCUUAAUGAAGAAAUGGCAAAAGUAUUUCCCAGGAGGAACACCUCCAUUCAGUAACCAGUCCCAGCUGCAAGAGAAUAGAUUUGGCUAUGUUCCUGCUGGAGAUCAAGUUCAAAUGUUGCAAAGCUCAGCUGUACAUGCACAGCACACGGACAAACGUAGCAUUCAGGCUAUGAUUGACACCAACAAGAAGUGGCUGGAAAACUUCAGGAACGACCCCAAAGUCCCACGCACAAGCAGGACAAUGGGAUCUUCUCCAGGACUUCUGCAGUUAGGUUUGGAUGAGAACAACCAAAUCAAGGUAUAUCGGUACUAGUGGAAUGGGAGAAGCCAAAGAGAGCAGGAUUAGCACUUUACAUACAUCUCUCCUCCUGUAAAACACAUAAAAGCUGUUGUGCAGGGGCAGAGUCAAGUGUUUGGAACUGAGAGGUCACAGCAGAACUCUACAUACAUGUAUGUUGUCUCUUUCUAAGAACACUGCACGUUAAUUAAUGACUGGGAACAUUAUUUACACAGCCAUUUCUCAGGUGCCUGAAUCUUACUUGUAAAAUGUUAUUCAUAUAGAAGCUAUAUAUUUAUAUGUAUUUUUCUACACUGAAUAAGGUCCAUUUUUUUUAUUUGUGCACAGAAACAGAAUAAUGGCAAAAUAGGUACACAUGACACCAAAUGCUAAACACUAUCUGUGACUGAAACCAGUACUUGUGCAAAAGAAGGCACCUAGCACAAUGUACCCGCAAGAAUCUAACAUUGGUAGCUGCUAUUUGUCAGCCGGCAAAAUGGUCUGAAGUGAGAGUAAAAAUAGUCACUGGCAUUUCAAGUACACAAAAGCCCCAAUAGCCACAAGCUCAAAAUAAAGCUUCAGUCAGUGGCAGCUUAUGGCAGCUCUUCCAUAGUGACAGCUUGGAGCCUGAAAGAGAGGUUUAUUAUUGGGGAAUGUAAUACAUAAUACUUUUUAGGAAUCUGUGACACCUUCUCCAGCCAACUACAACAAGCAGCUAGUACUGUAAAGUGAUGUAAGACAUUUCUACACACACAACUAAUAGGCUUGUACAGGCAAGAUGGCAGCGGACACAAUAUCAAUUGACACAUAACUGUACAACUCACUUCUUUCCCAGUGUUUUUAUACAGCAGCAGUGACAAUCUUGUUGUGUUGGUCUUUUAUAUUUGUGUCUUUUACCUGUGUGAAGUAUGUCCACUAGUUUUAUGAUCAGAUUAAACCAACACUUUAUUAACCUUGCUGUGCGAGGUGUUUGUCCAGCACAGAAGCAAUCUCAGCAGUUAAAGGGAAAGUGGACACGAACUUGGCUCAGGAAAUGAGAUAAAAGAAAAAGUAAAUUAGGUUUUGAAAUCUAAUUAUCUGUAAGAAAUGCUAAUUUUCUGUAAGAUGAUAUGCUUGAUUCUCUAAGACUAUAAGGCAAGGGUAUGCUAAAAGUACUAAGGCCAAAACAGCACUCAUAACCAUGGAAAUAAACAAACAAGAUAACCCUUUUACUGGAAAUAGGUGGGGUUUAAAGGAACAGUAACGUCAAAAAAUAAGUGUUUAAAAGUAA